GGGCUCACAGGGAGGCCAGGGAGGAACACAGAGCAGAUACUGGCCAGGUGACAGACACAUAGGAAGCAGAAGGAGAGGGGACCAGCCAAGCACAGCAGCUUUUACCUGUCCAGGGAAGAAACGACAAGAGGUCAGCACCUGAGUGUCUACCUGAGAACAGCUAAGUGCAGGGAAGGUCAAUCUUCCUGAUCCUAUCCAGGUGAGAAGGAGGUUGUGAGAUCAUCGUGAUGUCGUGCCAGGCGUUCAGCUCGGACUCCUUCACCCUGGCAGGAGACUCCCUGCCCCUCCUCAUGCACCACGCCUCCGCUGCCGACUGCCUGCCCUCCUCCACACACACACACAACAUGGUGUCCGCAGUCCCGUCAGGUCGGUCUCUCCUCCAGUCCUCCAAGCGAUCCCACAUGCACCUCUCCACCUCCACCCUUGGCAACGGUCCUCCCGGCCUGCACUACCCCAUUACACCCUGUCACUAUAGCAACCAACAGACCACUUACGGCAUGAUGGCAGCUCAGGAGAUGCUGUCUGCCAGUAUAUCUCAGACCAGAAUCCUCCAGACCUGCAGCGUCCCGCACCCCAACAUGGUCAACGGAGCAAACACACUGCAAGGUUCAUUGGCCCCUUGUCUGUAUAAGUUUCCAGAGCAUGGUCUGGGUGGGGGAUCGUGCUCUCUGAGCCACAGUUUCCCCCCACUGCCCCCUGCCAUGCUGUCUGAGGAGCCACCCCUGGGAGGCACUAAGGACCUCCGCUUUAGGAGCCGGCCACCAGAUGACCCCCCCGACAUGGACUCACCUCAGAUACGAGAGCUGGAGAAGUUUGCCAACAACUUCAAACUCCGCAGGAUCAAACUGGGGUACACCCAAACUAACGUUGGAGAGGCUCUGGCUGCGGUGCAUGGCUCAGAGUUCAGCCAGACAACCAUCUGUCGCUUUGAGAACCUGCAGCUGAGCUUCAAGAACGCCUGCACGUUAAAGGCCAUCCUGGCCAAGUGGCUGGACGAAGCAGAGCAGGCCGGGGCUCUGUUUAAUGAUAAAACGGGCAUGAAUGAGCGUAAGAGGAAACGAAGAACCACUAUCAGGUAUCUACCCUCGCAAUUUUCUCUUCUGCAUCAGAUACCUACAACAUAUUGUUCCAUCAGUCUGGGGGCUAAGGAGGCAUUGGAGCGUAGUUUCAGGGAGAAGAUCAAGCCCUCAUCUCAGGAGAUCAUCCGUAUGGCCGAGGGGCUACACCUGGAGAAGGAGGUGGUCCGGGUCUGGUUCUGUAACCGUCGGCAACGAGAGAAACGGGUCAAGACCAGCCUUCACCACAGCUCCUACCUGACCAAGGACAAUCCUACCUAUAGAUAACCCUAACCCCUAUCUGUCCCCCAAUGCCAUAAAACCUUGAGUUCGGGUGUGACCUCAUUCUUUAAUUGGACUAAAAGCCUUUUGAUCUUCAAGUGCCUGCAGCCUAAUACUAUUUCUCCCAGAAGUGUCUGGCCGUUGUAAAAACAAAUGACACUAAUACAUUCCCAUGUGUCUUUAUCAUGAUCUAUUUAUCUCAAAUGUAAUAUAUAAACAGAAUGAUUAUGAAUGUGAACAUCUAAUUUAUUGACAGAUGUGUUUUCAAGUCAGAGACAUCUUCAACCCAGAGAGAGAACUAUAUACAGACAUUCUCAGACAUUUUGAUAUGUAAGAAAUCAAAACGUCCCAGUUGCACGUGUCAUCUUUCAUACGUACUGAUUUCAUGAUGCGUUUCCCAUGAAUAAAUACAUACAAACCAACAGUGUGGUGAGGACAGGAGAUGAUUUAAGUGAUGAAUAUACAAGCACCUGUGUCCCUGUAGCAUACUGGAGACAUUAUACUGAAUCAGUGUAGAGCUGGGCUCAAAAGCAGGCCAGAAGUGCCAGUUGUCGUCUACAAAUCAAUCAUUCAGUACAGGGUAGAUGUAUCAAUCAUUCAGUACAUGGUAGAUGUAUACAAAUAAAAAAAGUGAAAAAAAUAUGAUUUAAUGAAACAUUUAUCUGAGAUGCAAUUAAUUAAUUAAUGGAUUGUGCACUGACAUGCAUUUAAUAUAAUGAUUUGUUGAUUCAUUUAUUAAGCAGUUGGUGCUUCCGAGAGCCCAAUAAAAGGGAGCUGAGCACCCUGCACUGUAUGACAGUGACAUUAUUCCCUGAUUUAUUGACGUGUUUCUGUGAAUACAAACAUCCAGCCCACUAGUCAACAUGUGCAUACUGUGCUAAACUCACACAGUCAUUAUAACUGUAGAGUGGCUCCUGUCUUACAGCUGUCUGGUGGAGGAACCUCUGAAUUCAUCUCCAUAGCCCCUUCCCCCAGGAUCCAUUCACUCUCCCAUGUCUUCAUUUGGAUGUACUGGGAGAGCAGAACUGUAGGAAUCUAGAUAGAGUAAUCUCAAUAGGACAGGCAUGAAAUAAGGAUAAGAUUAGAAGGGAACAUGCUCUGUGGUCUGAAAAAAAGGUGGGAUGCACUGUGGAACUACUGAUACUGAGAUCCCUACAUAAUGAGCUCUAUGGCUGCGCUCUCCGCGCUCUCCAGCGCUGCGUGAGUGUGUCAGGGCUGGGGUCAAUUCAAAUUGAAGGCAGUCAAGUCAGGAAGUAAACAUAAGUAACCAUUUCAAAUUUGAAAAAUCCACAUCUAUUUUCAAUGACUUCUCAAUAAACUGAGGAGUAGAAGCUAUUUAUUUCAACAGUUUUUUAUUUUUGAAUUUAAAUUAAAAUCACUUCCUGAAUUGACUCCCUUCAAUUGAAAUUGUGUCAUUACAGCUCUGGGCCUCCAUGCUUCUAAUGCGGACUGUCCUCUUCAAUGCCUGAAUAAAAACACCAUUGAUAUGAAGCAGGUGUGGUUAGCAUAGGUCAUUGUUUGAGCAGCAGCUAGUAAAACAACAUAUUUCACUGCACCUAUUCAGUGUGACAAUAAAACAUUUUUUUUGUA